GCGAUGUCAAAGGAAUCGGGCAGGUAGUAGGAGGAGAGGAGGAGGAGAGGAGGAGGAGAGGAGGACGAGGAGAAAAGGAGGAGAGGACCAGAGGAGGAGGAAAAGGAGGAGAGGAGGAGGACAAAGGAGGGGAGGAGGAGGAGGCCCCAAUGCUUUUUCUGUGGGCCACUUUAGGGUGGGUAGGUCUCCGGUGCUCUUCUUAGGGCCGCUUGGUGGAGAAGAGGAGGAGGCGGCGGAGGAGGAGGGAAGGAGGAAAGGAGGAGGAGAAAAGGAGGAGAAAAGGAGGAGGAGAAAAGGAGGAGGAGAGGAAAACUAGAGGAGGGAAGGAGGAAGAGGGGAGGAGUAGGAGGCCGCGCCAAUGGUUUUAGUGUGGGCCACUUGAGAGUGGGUAGGUCUCCGGUGCUCUUCUUAGGGCCGCUUGAGCCGGUUGAGGAACAGCUACCGCAGCAGCAACGCCAAGGAGAGGAGAGAGGGAGAACAACGACGAGGGAAAGAGGAGUGAGGAGGAGGAGGAGGAGACAGCAUGUCUGUGGCUCGUUGCUAGGGUUUGCUCAUUUUGAUCGAAGAUAUCGAUCUUGUAUGCCUGUGUGACCGAGCACACACAAACACACACACACACACACACAAAGAGAGAGAGAGAGAGAGAGAGAGAGAGAGAGAGAGAGAGAGAGAGAGAGAGAGAGAGAGAGAGAGAGAGAGAGAGAGAGAGUUUGUAGAUAAAAUAUGUAUUUUGCGUAUGGGUGGCCCAAGGUCUUGAAGGCGAUUGAAUGUGAUCACGAUGAGGAAGAGAUCGUUGAUGUGAGUGUAGGAGGUGGGCUUCUGGUGGUGGUAUCGACCUCCUGCGUCCAGGUCUGGACCGCCGGUCGGUACAGAGUUAAGGUGGGCGAGCUUUAUCGCGACGACCCUUCUCUUGCCGACGACGGUUUUAAUGUGAAAGCGAUUUGGAACCCUGUUCUGGAAACCCUCGUCGUGCUUACUUCAGUGAACAUCCUCCACUUUUACGAAAUAAUCCGGUCAGAGAAACCCGUGGUGGUGAGUUUGACACCGGACGCUCCGGAUUUGCGCCACGUGGACGUUCGGUUUCGAUCCUCUACGGUCUUGCCAUUGUUCGAAAGUAACAUUUCGUGCAAUGGUCUGGUGGCCGACGACGAGACCAUCCUGGUAGGGCUAUCUAACGGGCGACUGCGGACGAUAUCGUGGCGCGGGCAGGCAAAGGCAGAGGGGCAGCUAUGGAAAGAGAGGGGGAGGGAGAUUCUCGGUCCGAUGUAUGUGGCGGAAGCGAACGGGAUCCCGAGCACGCCGCACGCGUCGACUCCAGCAGUGGCGCUCUUCUCGCCGCAACAAGCUUCAGCAGCAGCGGGGGGCGCGGCGGUCUUCGGGCUGAGCAAUGGGAGCCUACGGUUGAUCGUGGUGGUGCUUCUUGAUGGGCGGGUGGUGCUGUGUUCGACGGCGGAGAUCGGGUUGCGCAUGGUGGAAGAGAUGACUCCGGAGAAAUGGGUGGGUGUGGUGGAUGCCGUUUGCGCGGGAAUCGGGACGAAAGCGCAGGUGCUGGCCGUCGGAUCACGCAGGGGGACGGUGGAGCUCUUCGACCUCGCCGAUGGGGCUAAUCACAUGAGAACGAUCUCGCUCUUUGAUUGGGGUUAUUCGGUGGAGGAUACAGGCCCGGUGGGCUGCAUAUCGUGGACGCCAGACAAUUGGGCUUUCGCGGUGGGGUGGAAGAGGAGGGGUCUGGCGGUGUGGUCGGUGUCGGGAUGCCGACUGAUGUGCACGAUACGACAAGGAAGCGUGAGCAAUGUGGGGCAACAACAGGCGACGGUUCGCGGGGCAGGGAGGUCGGCGGUUGGGACGAAGGCCUCGGAGAGAGGAGGGAGAGGAGGGUGGAAGGCCAAUGAUCGGGGCGGGCCCGGCGCAGUCGGAGGAGGGGGAGGAGGAUUGGUCAGGGCAGCUGAGCCUAUGGUGUGCGGAGUCGGCGCUCUCGCUUGGGCGGAGUACGGAUACCAGCUCGCUGCUGCGCAGAGGGGCGACCCCGCCCGCCUUCUGCAAUUCGCCUUCGCUAAAGGCUGUGUUGGUAAAGGCGUGUCUGGCAGCCCCAGCGUUUGGCAAUUAAUGCAGGCAGACGAUCGUGUCCUGCUCAUCAAGAGCGACGAGAAGGAUGAACUCACCAUGCAGCAUCUUGUCAUUCCGCACGCCUACAUGGCGUCUAAUUGGCCGGUGUUCCACGUGGCCCCUAACGACGAUGGCUCUUAUCUUGCAAUCGCCGGGCGUCGCGGCAUCAUCCUGUACAACCUGCGGACCAAGCGGUGGCGGGUAUUCGGCGACAUCAGCCAAGAGAGACGUGUCAGGUGCGCGGGAAUUCUGUGGAUGGGCAGUAUGGUGGUCAUCUGUAAUGACAAAGAGUCGAACGGAGGAUUCGAACUGAACUUCUACCCAAGGUAUCACUUGGACGAUUCGUCGUUGUUGUGCCGGCAGAUGCUGGUAGACAGACCGAUCGCGAUGGACACGUGGCAGGAUUACAUCUUGGUGGCAACGCGGCCCUUCGAGAUCAGAGUGUAUCACGCCGAAGUGGUAGGGGACUUGACGCCUCUGCGAAAUCCGACGGUGACCCUGCGGUUGGUGAGGGAGCUGUCCAUCAUGAGCGCAAGAAAGCCGCCCGUCUCUCUCCGCUUCGUUCCCAACUCCGCCACGUGUAACGAUUGGGAUCCCCACCACCAGCAUCAUCAUCAUCAUCAUCAUCAUCAUCAGCAGCAGCAGCAGCAGCAGUAUGCCCAUCACGGGCUCUUCUCUUCCUCCUCCGCCCCUUCUUUGUUAUCGUCACAUCAUCAUCAGCACACUUCUCAACAGAGUUCUCCAUCCCAUCAUGAUCAUCAUCAUCAUCAACGACAACAACAAGAGGAGGAGGUGGUGGGUUCGAAUGCUGCGGCUCUUCUGAGCAACAACGGCGGGAGGACAGCUUCGACGUCUCCGAGCGCUACUGGGACUUCAACACCGACAGGCGGAGGUCGUGUCGGGACGGGGGGAGGUGGAGGGGUCGGGAUGGUGGGAAUCGGGGGGGGGCAAAGAGAUACAGUCACGGACGCGGUGCUGAAGCAGCCGACGAGGUGUAUGGUUCUGAGAAUGGACGGCGAGCUUUCGCUGUUAGAUCUCGACCGAGGAACUGAGCGAUCCUUAGUCUCCGGCGUCGAGCAUUUUUGGCUGACUUGCGGCAGGCCGAAGGAGGAGGAAGCGUUGAUAGAGGAGGUGCCGUGGUGGGCCUACGGGCACCGGGGGAUGCAGGUAUGGUACCCGUCUUCUCCGGCGGACACCUCCUCCUCCUCCUCCUCCACCUCCACCUCCACCUUCAACGCGCUGUCGCCUGAGAUGCAACAACUGGAUCCGGAGCUCGACUUCGACCGGGAGGUGUAUCCGUUGGGAGUGUCGGCUUCGGCAGGUGUCAUCGUCGGGAUCUCCCAGCGGCUGUCGCUGUCGGGGUGCUCAGACAUGCCGUGCUUCGAGCCUACGCCGCAAGCGCAGCCCAUCCUCCCCUGCCUUCUCAGGCACUUGCUCCAGAGGAAUGCCCUCGACGAAGCAGUGGAAUUGGCAAGGCUAUCCUCGGCUAGACCCCACUUCUCCCAUUCUCUCGAAUGGCUGCUCUUCACAAUCUUCGAUGCCGAGAUGACGAAUGCUCACGCGAGGAAAAAGGCGGCGGGCCGGAAGAACCACCACCACCACCACCAGCAGGAGCAGGAGCUGCAAACGCGGAGCGUCACGGAGUACCAAGGUCAAGAUGGUGGGAAGCCCCAUCUAGUAUCUACACGUGGCAAUCAACAGCAGCAGCAGCAGCAGCAGCAGCAGCAGAGUUGGGCGAUGAGGGCGUCGGGGAUGUCGACAGCGGCAGCGGGAGGAGGAGGAGGAGGAGGAGGAGGGGGAGAGGGGGGGGAAAGAACGACUGGCGGCGUGACGAACGGCGGCCCUUCGAUGUUGGAAAGGGCGGCCAAUUUGAUACGACAUUUCCCGGAGUUUUUGGACGUGGUGGUCAGCGUGGCGCGAAAGACGGACAGCCGGCAUUGGCCGGAGUUGUUCGCGGCGGCGGGGAAAUCGACCGCUCUUUUCGAGGAAUGCUUCGAGAGGAAGCAGUACCGAACGGCAAUGUGCUACAUUCUGGUCAUCGAGAAGCUGGAGGGUCCGACGAUGAGUCAGCAAACUGCGCUCCGGCUAUUGCAGGCGACGCUGCACGUGGGCCUUUACGAAUUGGCGGGAGAAUUGGUACGGUUCUUGCUCCGUUCAGGGCGGGAAUUCAGUUCCAGCGGUCUGGAUGAUGACGACGAACGAGGACGAGGAGGAGGAGGAGGAGGAGGAGGACCGGAAGGAUUGCUGAAAUCCUUCUUCUCCUUCGGGUUCACAUCCGCCGCGCCUAAAGCGCGCGCCGACGUUCUUCACGCGACCGUUGCGCACAUUCUCCGGGAUCAUGCCGUCGGGUUGAUGGUCAAUCGGGACUUGAGGCAGCUGGUGGCCUUCGUCAAAGAUACGCAGUUCGAUUUGGAUGCGUUUUUGAAAGCCGAAGAGGGGCAGUCGGUGAAGUUGGACGAUUUCCCAACGGCUCUGAGAACGGUGUCAGAGAAAUUAGGGUUGGAAAGGAGCCUUCAAGGUCGACUUGAUGGGGAGUUCUUGCUCUCGCAUGUCCGAGCGGUGGGGUUGCGUGAAUGGACCGUGGUCCUCGCGACGAUCCUGGAACAAGUGCCGGUGCUGCUGGACAUGUUUCGAGGGGACUUGAGGCUGUGGCAGGCGUACGGGAGAACGCUGAAGUCUCAGCAAGAUAGUCAGCAGUACGAGGACUUGUUGCACGCUCUGGAGGCGGAGUUGGGAGAGGUGGUGGUGGUUGGAGCGUCGACGUCAGGAAAGAUGGGCGGGCGGGGAGGAGGAGGAGGAGGAGGUGGAGGUGGAGGAGGAGGGAGUAGCGGUGGAAAUAGUGGAAGCACGAGGAGAGCAGGAGACACAACGGAAGAGGAAGAGGAAGAGGAAGGGUACAACAGUGCGGCGUCGGAUGGAUCGCGGAGAAGGAUGAUGAUGAUGAUGUCCUCGCCUUACCGACAGUGAAGACAAUAUAUAAUAAUAUACCAAAUUGAUUGACGAUGCAUGAUAUCCAACGUUGCUGAUUUGAUUGAUUAUAAUAAUAAAAAGCAGAAGAGCCA